UGAACUUACUAUUUUACAAAAUUUAGGAUAUUGUCAUAAGGAUUUUCAUAGUGGAAAUAUAUUGCUAAAUAAACAUCAAACUUCUUAUGUUUCAGAUUUUGGAUUAGCAGGACCAGCAGAUAAACAAAAUUCGAAUGAUAAAAUAUAUGGAGUAUUACCAUAUAUCGCGCCAGAAGUCUUGAAUGGAGAAUUAUAUACAUUUGCUUCUGACAUCUACAGUUUUGGUGUAAUUAUGGCUGAAUUAUCAACUGGAAACCCUCCAUUUUAUGAUAGAAAACAUGACGUGUCUUUAUCCUUAGAUAUUUGUAAUGGACUUCGUCCAGAAUUUGGAAAAGGAACUCCUGAAUUUUAUAAGAAGUUAGCUUAUAGGUGUAUGAAUGCAGAUCCAAAUCAAAGACCAACAAGCAAGGAGUUGUGGGAUGUUAAGAUCCAGCCCAUUCCUAGUACAGUCUUGAAACUUCCAGGUCUAAUCCCAUAUGACUUAGGUCCUAAGACUAGAUUCUAA